AGGGAGAAAGUGCAAAUAUCCACACCCAUGAAAGAUGAGAGCCUAGUGCAGGACCUGUUAUGGCGACCGGCAUACGUCGCCCGGCGACUUGAAUGCACACCACCAACGGCCCUCAUCGAUCACUCCACCAAACGACGAAUAAAGAGGUACUUAGACUUAUGGCUAUCUUUCUUCUGCAGAGCUGCAGCAUCUAUCGCUUCUCCUUUUCAGUAUUGAGUCCGUUUGUUCUUCUGGUGUCUAUCUGACAGUCUCAGACUGAUCAUGUGUCUGCAGCACAGAGACAAAGGGCUUAGUGGUUGAUGUACUUAUCUUAUCAUGUAUCAAAUGCUUCUCAUUCAUCUUUUCUUCAAACAUAAGCAUUCACUCCUCCCAUUAUUCAGGCCGAUUGGAUGGAGUUCCGCUUUCGCAGGGCGAGCGAAGGAGGAGCUUCCGUCUCUUGUUCACACGGGAUAA